UCUAAUUUACUUGUUACAUUUUCAUUCAGAUUUUAUAUUGAAAUAGGAGCUUUUGAAUCUUCAAACCACAUGCUUUUGGAUGACUCAACAAGUUUAUUGAAAUCCCGUGACGCGGUUGAAUUUCCGACUGUGUUUUGGAGGAAUUGCAUUCGUUUGGAUGUCGCGACAAAUAUGCAUAAACAUUAAAUGAAAAUGUCGUCGUAGGAUAUGUAAAUUACAGUUUUUUUGGAUUAAUUUACAAUUAUCAGACCAAGGUGCUACUUUUCUUCCUCUUUUCAUUUCUUUUUCCUUUUUGGAACUGAACUUUUGUACUAUUGUUGAUGCCAUUUCUACACCUUUUCUUUUUUUGAAGCAUUUAUAGUUUCUGAAGUAAAUCUUAGCGAUAAUGGCUGAGAGGAGAAGGGAUUCUAUAGCAUUUAUUUCUGUUUUUUACAUGGGAUUAUGUCUCAUGUACCAUCUUUAUACUGCUCCGGAUACAAUAGAUACCAAUGAAGAUUAUCCGAAUACUGUAGAAAAAACAUUGCCUGCUUCUUCUGCUCAAAGAAAGCCUUUAAGUGCUUUAAACUAUGAAGAAUCAAAUACUACUGGACCUUGGAUAAAAAAUGUCAAUUGCACCGCUCCAGAUAUAGAGCAAUUCCCACGUCCAGUUGUUGACUACGCUACAAGGCGAAAAGGAGGGCUCAUUUUGCAUAUUUUUGUAUCUUUAUAUAUGCUGUUAGGUCUUGCUAUUAUAUGUGACGAGUAUUUUGUGCCUUCUCUUGAAAAAAUAUGUAAAUUGCUCAAUAUUCAGUCUGAUGUUGCUGGGGCAACUUUUAUGGCUGCUGGCAGCUCAGCACCUGAACUUGCAACUGCAGUUAUAGCAGUGUUUAUAGCUCAGGAUGAUAUAGGUAUUGGUACUGUAGUAGGAUCUGCUGUAUUCAAUAUUGCAUUUGUGAUAGGAAUAUGCGGUGUGUUUGCAGGGCGUGCUAUUCAUUUAAAUUGGUGGCCUUUGUUCAGAGACUGCAUGUUCUAUUUACUCAGCAUUUUAGCUCUUCUCUUUGCCUUGCGUGAUGAAAGUGUUACAUGGGUAGAAUCCGUGCUUUUCUUGUUCUUAUAUUCAUUGUAUAUAGUAUUUAUGUGCUACAAUCAAAAAAUUGAAAAAUGGAUGAAAAGUUUACGGUGCAUGUCUUGUUUGACUCCUCGUGUUUCUGAACCGAUUAAUGGAGUAUCUUACCAUGCCUUGCCGGAUUUGGGGCUAACGAAUUUAGAAGGCCCUGAAAACAAAUUGACUACUUCUGUACAUACUGAUUCAAGUCUAGAAGCUUCGUUACCUCCCACAGAAGAAGAAGAAGAAAGCUCAAUUUUUUCUCCUCCAGGAGGGAAAUUACGAAAGUUUAUUUGGUUCCUUUCUCUACCAAUUCUCAUGUCUUGCUAUUUUACUAUUCCUGAUUGUCGAAGAAGUAAAUGGGAAAAAUUUUUUCUCAUAACAUUCCUUUCCUCAUGUAUCUGGAUAGGUGUUUUCUCGUAUGUCUUAGUGUGGAUGAUAACUGUAAUUGGUUUUACAUUACAUAUAAAGGAUACAAUUAUGGGUUUAACAUUUUUGGCUGCUGGAGCUAGCAUUCCAGAUGCCAUUUCCAGCCUUAUAGUAGUACGAGAAGGUUUAGGUGAUAUGGCUGUUUCAAAUGCAGUGGGGAGCAAUGUGUUUGAUAUUUUAUUGUGUCUGGGUCUACCAUGGUUUCUACAGACUGCUGUUGUCAGUCCUGGUUCUCAUAUAAUUGUGAGGAGUAGAGGCUUGACUUACUCAACAAUUACCUUACUACUAACGGUUGUAUUCUUACUGUUAGCUACUCAUCUAAAUCGAUGGAGGUUAGAUAAGAAGUAUGGUGGCAUUCUUCUUGCCUGGUAUGGCAUUUUUAUGGUUGUUGCUGUGCUUUAUGAAAGCAGCUUAUUUGGAAACAUUGGUUUGCCUAUGUGUCCUAGUGAUUUUUAAUUCUCCAUGAGCUUUUCUACAACUGCUUUUUACUUGAAUCAUAUGCAUAUUGCUGAACUUUUCUUACUUUUAAUAAGAAGAUCGCCUUUCAAAACUUUUAUGGAAUUGAUGUACUGAAAUGCUUUUCCAUCCACAUAUUUUUGUUUUGAUUAAUUGGGAUUUUUGUUAUUAUCAGACAAAUUUAAAUUGUUUUAAGACUCAAAAUCAAAAUAAUCUUUGACAUGUGCUGUGUAUUAGAGGCAUUUGAAUGAAAAUGGAACUGUGGUUGUAGAAGUGUUAUUCACAGUUGUAGAACUUUUGAUUCAGUAGAGAUUUCUUUGGUAAAUGGCUAUCUUUAAGUAAAACAAAGCAAUAGAAAGCACCUGUUAUGAAAUGACUUUCUUUAAACAAGUUCUAUUUCCCAAUAUAUAUUCCUAUUUUUUACAGCAGAAACUUGUUAAUGAAUAGAUGCAAUUGAAUAUGUAUGGGACUGGUAUAUGUCAAAGAUUUUCAGGCAAACCCUGAAAAGCAGUGUUUUGAUGUUAUGGUCAUUUUUAUCAGUAAUUAAUUAGUGCUCUUGAUCUGGUCAUGAAUUAUUAAUUGUGUUACAUGAUGAGAAUCACUGCAUCAUCAGAGAACUGUUUCUCUGCCUAGCUUGAAAACCUCUGAUCUGUUCAGUCCCAUAUACAUUCAUUUGUAAUGUCGCUACAAUAACACCUUAUUUUAACAAAAAUUAAAUUACUGUGCAUUAGAUUAUUUAGAGGAAUUCAUAACAUGUCAUUCCUCUAAUUUUGUUGUGUUUUUUUAUUUAACAUAACAGAACAUUGUUAUUAACUGUUUUAUACUAAAUUUAUCUUAGCUUACAUGCCAUCUAUCAGAAAAUUUUUGAAAGUUAUUCCAUAUGGAAAAAUGAUGUUGGUACCAGAAUGAGUUUUUUUUUUUUUUUCAUUAAAAGUAAGUAUUCUUGAUCUAGACAUAGCUCAUCAGUUGUGUUCAUAUAAUGAAAAGCCUGUGUCCAGCUGAAAAAUCUCUGAAUUAAACUAAUUUCCAUAUAUAUUAUUUGAGUGUAAAUGUUGGUUCCAUUAACACUUUACUCUAACAAAUUUCGAAUUACUGCAUAUUCAAAUUGUUUUGUUUUAUUUCACUCAGAGAUACAUUACUGCUAAUUGCUAUGAAUUAGAUUUUGCCUGGUGUACACAAUCAUCUACCAGUGGAUUUUGGAAAGUAUAUCACUUAAAAUAUUUCUACUGAUAUAAUAAUUAUUUUUUCACUAUGAAUAAGGUCUCCAGAUUUGGAAGUAGUAUUGCCAUACUGCUGACAUGAUAAAAAUCAUUUCUCUAUAAAGGAACUGUAUCUCUACCAAUUUUGAAAAUCUUUAUUAAUCAUUCCCUUACAUAUUUGACUAUAAUGUAGAUUCCACUACACUUUAUUUUAAUAAAAGUUGAUUAUAAUCUGCCAAGACUAUUUAGAAGAAUUCAUAGCAUGCUAUUUCUGAGUUUGUAACCUUUUUUCGUGCCCAGCAAUGUGUUGCUUUUUUAUGCUAGAUUUCCCUUGGUUAACACAGUGAGAAAUCGAGCAUGGGGUGAUUCAUCUACGUAAGAAAUCUCGAAAGUAAUACAAUAUGAAAUAAUACUACUGGUAUUAUGAUUAUUAAGUGCACUUGUCCUGGUCAUGACAUUGCAAUUGUGCUGAAACAUUUAUAUCUGAACUAUUCAGUCUUAUACUUAUUAGAUUGUAAUAGCAGUUCCAUUAACACCUUAUUAACACAAAUUUGAUUGCUGUUUAUAUAGACUGUUUAGAAGAAUUUGUGGUAUAACAUUCUUAAUUUUGUCAUUUCUAUUCUGUUCAGCACUACUUGCAUACAUAAUAAUCUUCCAGAGAAAUCAUAAAGUUCUAUAACAUGGAAUAAUGCUACUAAUACCAUGGUUCAAUUUUCAUUUGGGGUGUGCCUAAUAGAAUGAAUAUAAGUAUUACCAAAUAGUUAUAUGAACUAUCAAAUGUUCUAUGACUUUAUGAAUAUUAUUUUUUAUCACUUUAAAAUAUUUAAUAUGCUUGUUUUUUGUUUUUUUUAACUUCUGAUGUAAGUUAUGAUUUUAUGUCCAGAAAUAGUGCAUUAUAAGUUCUUCAUUUUACAUUUCCUUUGAGUUAUGUACUUGCAUUUUCAAUCAAUUCUUGCUGUCCAUUCUGAUUAAAUUCAUGUUUUCAUGAAGUAGUUUAUUGUGUUGAUGCAUCUUGUAUCUUAAUUUCUAUUUAUAGAAAUGUAUGUGAUAAAGUGAUUAUGUGUCUUUUUUUUUUCUUUUUAUAUAGUAUUAGAUGACUGAAAAAAAUUAUUAAAUUUGACCAUCUUAAUCAAAUUUAAAGAUAUUGUUUUAAAUAACCUAAUUAACAUAUUUCAUGAGUAAAAAUGUACUUAAUAGAAUCAUUUUUCAAUUGCUAAAAGCUAUCCAUUUUAUAAAUAUUUCCCACACACACAAAAAAAUCUUAUAGGAAUAUAUCUGCUUCUACAUAUAUUUAAUAUAAAUAAAUGCCUUACUUACACAUACUGAUAAAAAAUUUGAAUAUCAUUUAUUUAUUUAUUCUUAGGUAAUUGACAUUUAAAAGAAUGGAAUUUCUUUUAGCCUUUUGUUCUUUACAUGGUAAGAAGAUAAGGAGUUCAUUUUCAAAUAUUUACUAUCUUUAUUAAAAUUUUAAUUAGUAGAAGAAAAAAAGAAAAUAUUGUAUCAAAAUGAAUUUUUAAAAAAAUGCUAUAUAUAUAUUUUUUUUUGUUUUGCUAUUUUUACUUUCUUAUAAUUCUAAUAUCAACAUUUUUUUAAAAAAUUGUUUGCAAAAAUAAUAUGACACACAUAAGACUUGUGAAUAAGUCAAGCACCUUUAUUAUUAAAUAUGAAAAUGAUUUCUAAGUAAUUUGAAUGAAUUUUCUCCCCAAUUUUUCAUUUAUGGUUUUCAGCAAAUUAUUUAUCUGUGAUAAUUUUUUUCUACAGUGCUUUUCAUGUGAUAUGUAAUUUUUCUUAUAUUGUACAGUGCUUUUCAUGUGAUUUGUAAUAUUUCUUAUAAUACUAUUAUGGUUAUAUACUAUGAAAAUACUUUAUGCGAGUUGCUUAUCUUGUUGUCUUAACAAUAGUAUUCUGUUUUGUAAGAAUUGAGAAUAACCAGCAGGUAAGAUGAAACUUUUUAAAGCCUGUGUACCAAAAUUGUUUAAAUAUUGCUCUAAGGAAAUACAUUUGCUUUUAAUUGUGUGUGUAUUUGGUUUUAUGAUCAACUGGAGCUUCUAAUCUUUGAAAAUAUUUUAUAAAUUGAUGGUUUUUAAAAUUUAUUUAUUGUUAGUUAAUGUUGAUUUAUUGAAAAUUUUCUCCAUUUUUCACUUUUCUUCAUAUACACUUUUUAUGUGACUUAAUUUUAUAGAUAUAAAUUUUUUUCAUAUUAUUUCAUUUUAUUUUAAACCAUUAAAUAUUUAUUAAAUUUUUAUGCCUUUUUUACCAUAAAAAUUAUUUGUCAUUGUAACUAAGAUUUUUUAAUUUGUAAUUCAGUGAUUAGAAUAAUUCAAAUAGUAUUGUAGUUAAAAUUUACAUGUUCAAAUGAUACAUAAGUUGAAUUCUGGGAAUCCUUCUUUUUUUUUAUUCCUGUAAUAAAUU